AUGAGAUGGUCCUAUAGGAAAGGUGCCUUGAAGGUGGAUGACUUGCAACCUAUUCUGGACGAGCUGACACCUGCCGAUGUCAUAUGGUGCCCACUCGAGAAUCAUAGAGUAUGGCAUCAGUUUGAUGAGCUAUGUCUAUAUAGGGGGUGUCUGAGGUGGGGUGACACUGUUGUUCUAUACUUGCCUGGCAUAUAUAUGCGUCAGUUUGGAUACAGGCAGUAUGUUCCAUAUCCACCUCUUGAUCAUACGAUGAUUGAUGAUGGAUAUCUUGAGUGGUAUUAUCGUGUCUCGCAUCCUCGUCUGUUACCGCCACCCUAUCAUGAUGCGCCAAUAGAGAUGCCAGUUCCUGUAUAUGAAGCAGGACCAUCUGAUCCUAGCUGGGCUCGUACGUCUUUGUUGAUUCAUCGUUAUCUUCAGCAGGCUGGUGCUGAAGAUGAUGACCCACAGUUUGCGGAUUUGUUCGAAGCUUUACAUAUUGCUCGACCACAGUGA